GUCACUGAAACUGGCAGUUGUUGAAAAAUAUCAGAGACUUCUAAUUAGUUGUCAACAUGCUCUUUAAGCAACCAGCACUAGAAAUAAUCGUGUGCGUGUUUGUCUCGAUUAUUCAUCGAAAUCUCUCAUAUCGCUUUGACUUUGUAUUAAAUGUAACCAGAAUUUUAAGUGAAACAGAUAGUUUUCACACAUUCACAGUGUUUCGCAAUGAAUUCGCAUUUUUGAAAAACAUUGACGGUUAUUCUUUGGAACAUGAAUUGCAAGUUUAUUUUGACGUUCCUUUGAUUUGUUGCAACGAUGACAUUUCCAGUUCGAUACGCUUGCGAAGCACUUUAAAUAUAAACAGUUUGGGAUUUGUGGUUAUGAACGAAAUAACGGAUGAAAUACGAAAUGUAUCUGAGAGAGCUUUGACUAAGCUGCAUGGCAUGAAGAUGAUUUUCAUUAUGACAAAUUCAAAAGCAUCAUCUGUCACCGCAUGGGAAUUGGAGAGUUUUUUUCUGUGGUGCUGGGAGUAUAAUUUAUUAAAUGUCAUUGUGACAUUUGAUGGUGGGAGUAAUGGAGAUGGCAAAAGAAAUCAAGUGCAUACGUAUAAUCCGUUCCCGAAUGGAAUACAUAUGAUUAAUUUAACAGAUGGCAGAGUGGAUGAAUACUUUUGGAAUAAGGCUACCAAUAUCAAAGGAAAUAAGUUUGCUUCACCAAUUUUUAUUGAUGAGCCACUUGUAAUGAAGAUAUACGACGAAGAAACCAAUUACACUCAUAUCACAGGCAGUGCCGGACGACUUUACCGAGAAUUCAUCCGUCACAUCAACGCCACCUUCUUCCUCAUAAGUGUUUCAAACAGUUCCAUGCAUUUGCAUCAAAAGCAAGUAAUUCAACUCACAACUGACAAAAUAAUUGACAUCAGCAUCCAUCCAUUCACUUAUUUGCUGCCCUACGAAACGGAAGGAAGUUAUCCCAUUGCACACACCAAUGCGUGCAUAAUAAUGCCCGUUGUGCCGGAAAUCGAUCGCAGUUACUACAUAUUUUACGCCUUCGACCAAAGUACAUGGCGAGUAAUCUCUGGGCUAUUUAUAACGUUCCUGGCAAUCGAGUUGAUUGCAAAUUAUACCUGUGCAAAGCAAUUGCUCUUUGGCAAGUCGUUAGCAACUACAGUUGCCGGUAUUAUUGGCCAACCUGGUCAUAUGACCAUGCCACCGCCAAGGACGAGAAUUCUCUCUAGUUCGCUAUUAGUGUUUACUGGAUUUUUUGUUGCAAAUUUGUAUGCAGGCACAUUAACGAGUCUUUUCAGUACGACAAUAUAUGGCCAGCAGCCGGAGACGGCAGAAGAAAUUUUCGCAACUGGCCUGCAAAUACUUUUGCUCGACUAUCAAGUGGAUUCGUAUUUCGGUAAGAAUAUGCUAUUUCCGGCAUUACUGGAACAGCAUGUUCGUGUUGUUGACCCUGAUUUUUUGGCUAAUCACUUAAAUACUCUGGAUGCAAACUUUGCGUAUGUUGUGAAGGAAGAACGAUGGAAAUUGAUUAACUACCAGCAGUCAAGGUUAUGGAAGCCGAUUUUCAAAAUUGCCCCAAACUUUUGUAUACCAAAUAUGUUUUUGUCAUUUCCAAUUCAAUUGGACUCACCGUUCUAUGAGGUUUUGAAAUCAUUUACGUUGAAUGUGGAUAGUGCGGGAUUGUAUUUGAAAUGGAGCGAUAUGAGUCUUUAUGAGGCUAAGGAAAUAGGAUUGAUUGGAAUUCUGGAGGAGACGAAGCAUCAUCCAGUUGCACUGACCUUGAAACAUUUUGAAGAAGUUUUUAUAUUACUUGGAUGUUGUUUUGCUAUAUGUGUGGUUUGUUUGCUAGGUGAACAAAUAUUUUGUUAUAUGAGGAUUAGAAUGAAGAAAUUGUAAUUAGUUUCGAGAGUGAAUGAUGAAAGUUUUACAAUACCUGCUUAAUUUUAGUAGAAAUCGGUAGAACACUUACUAAUUAUGUUCAUUUUCAUAGUUCAAAGAAGUUAAAAAGAAGUUUUUUUGUGUUAAAAAAAUUAUCAAUGUGUGAAUCAUACAUUUUUAUCUGAGCACUGCCAUAGAAACAAA